AUGGGCCUUGGCGGACGAACGGGCAACGUCCCUUUUGCUGAUCCGGAUUUCAGAGAAGCCUCACAGGCGGCUCGCCGGGCUCGUGCCACGGAUGAACGCACGCGUCAUAGUGUUUCUUCUCUUUCUAGACGCCAGACUCGACUGCCUUCCGAUGAUUCUGACUCUGACAAUCAACCACUAUCUCAGAGACGCCAGCGUCAAGCUCCUCGCCCGACAUCCAAUUCUGGCCCAUCAUCUGUCCCUUCUCCUCAUCCGAAUGCAGAUAUCUCUCUUACGCACCCUCAGGUGACUCCACCUUCAUUCCCGAGUCAGGUGGCUGAUCCUCCUACUUCAUCUAUUAAUCAAACCGAGCCGUCAUCUAAUCCUUCUGCCCCCUCGCAACAUGCUCAGGCCGAUGGAGCCGACCCCUCACAACAUGCUCAGAGCGAUGAAAUAGGUCCCUCGGAGCGACUUUUCCAUAUCCCUCCAGUACCUCCUCCAGGACCUUUUUCAGCUCCUUCCGAUGAAACCGCCGAGCCUUCCUCUCCUCCUGACUCCGCUGCGGGUCCCUCAGGCCCUCCUCCACCUAUCUAUCGAAAGUAUUGCACUACCCUUCCCUCUGAAGAGCAAUUAUGGGCUCAGACAAAUAUUCCUACCAGCUCCUUAACAAUGAAAGGUCGUCUGGCCACUAUAUGGGAAGAAAGCCCGCGGCAUAUGAAUUCCCUACCUUCUCCAGCCCAGAUGGACCAAUUUGCAGAAUUAUACACUAAGGCCUGUGUGCAAUCUCUGAUAAUGAAUCAUUCUUUCCACACAACUUAUCAUCAGAAGAAGAUGCUGCAAGAUCGUGUCGCCGAACUGGAAACACAACUGAACGAUCCAGCCCAGGCCAGCUAUGCUUUGCGAGCGGAAAUAAAAGAGCUGACCAGAAGGAAGAAUAGUCUAGAAGUGUCCCUAGCUCGGUCCAACCACGAACUUAAAGAUCUCCAGAAGAAGCUAAGUCAAGCCGAUACUGUGCUCCAACAGAAUAUGGAUCAGCAGGCUUUAGAGAAGCAAAGAGCUAUGGACCAAUUGUCUCAAAGAUUGCGGGCGGCCGAAACUUUGGUGCAGGAUCAGGAUCAAAAGUUAAAAUUGCAGGAGGUCCUUUUACAAUCCCAAGAGGCCCGUCUGCGUUCCCAAGCGACAGACCUGGCUACUGCUAAAAAUGAACUAGCUCAGGCUAGAGCCACAGCAGAGGGCGUGUCAACUGCUCUAACAAUUUAUAGGGAAGGAGAGAACGACCGCUAUUUGUAG